UCGUAAAACAAAGACACAAAGCAGAAAAAUUAUAAUUUUUAACAAAAAUAACAAUUAAGAAGAAAAUAAGAAAAGUCAAUUGGUCAUUGAAAAUUAUUAAAUUGUGAAACACACAUAAAGUAAAAUCUAUUCUACUUGAUAUAAGUGCUUUUGUAACCAAAACUUUUACGUUUUGGUUACCACUCAAAAGUUGGAAGGUGAUGUUUGGAAUAGAUCUUGUUUUUCGCAUAUUUUCUACGGCUUCUGAAUGGUUAUUAUACAUUUCAAUUGCUUCCGAAAAAUUAAAUAGUUCAGUGUAUAGAGUUAAAUGAAAAAUUUAAUGGACAAUUAUAGUAUUAUUUUUUAUCAAGUCAACUAUAUUAGAAGAAAAGUUCGUUGCCUUAGUCUUUUUGUGUGAGUGCUACUUGUGUUGGUUUAGCAUACCAUACUGGUGUAAGAACAGGCAAAUUGUUGUUGCUUUGCGUUAACGACCCAAAAUGAGUUUAAGAACACGCACUUUAAUAUUCUCUACCUUUUUUGGGAGUUGCAUUGCUAUCGGAUUGCUUCUGGGCAGUUUAACAACAGACAAUUGGGUCCGGGCUAAUCCAAAGCGAGGCAAUUCAACGAAUUCCGAGGGAGAAGUUCAUUUUGGUUUGUUUUAUGGAAGCAAAGUUUUGGAUUCUGGUUUUGGUAAACGCAUUACGCCAGUGGAAGUUUAUACUUUCAUUCAAACGGAGCCGGAAUCUAUGAACUUUUGGUUAUGGCUGUUUACGGCCAUAGGUGCAGGUUUGGGUUUGCUUAGUUGUGCGAUUUCAGCAAUAGCCGCUGUAUUCAAAUCUGCCUCAUCAUCUAAGGGACCCGUCAACAUGCUGGUCCUGAUCGCAUCGAAUAUUUCAUCAGCCGUGACACAAAUUGUGGCCUUUAUCUGUUGGCUUGUACAGUUCAUUCAGUAUUUGCAACACAACGUCUUGGCCGUGGCGGACCACAAACACCAUUGGUACAGCAGUGGACUGGCUUCUCUGGGUUAUAGUUUUUACAUGGUCAUACUAUCAACACUAGUCGUGUUAAUCAACAUCUCCAUCUUACUGUAUGCCAGACAUUGUGAUCGCAGAGACCGUCAACGCCUGGAGGCGCCGAGUGAAAAGAAGAAUGAAUGUGCUAUAAUGUUGUAUUAAAAACAAAAACACAAAAAGCACUGUUCACGCAACUACUUUACUCAUACUUACGAAAACACGAUAAUACGAAAGCGAAACAAUGAGAUGAAAUUUUUUUUGUUAACCAUACCAGCCGUCCAUAUAUGUACACUUGCACAUUAUACAACUUGGCGUUGCACUCUUGUACUGGCAAAAUACUCAAAACCGAUACAAAGCAUCAGGCACUCUGAAUUCGUUUUGUUUUACGAAAAAGUCAAAAUCUUACAUUAUGCUGCCGUGUGUUUGCCCCCUUUUCUGGAAAUAUCUAAUCAUGCUUGAAUUGAAAAUAAGAAUCUCUUUUAGUUUAAUUUUAGAUUUUACGGCCUCACUUUUGAUCGAAAAGUUUACUUUCUAUCUGCAUUUAUACACAUACGAGUAUGUAUGGGAUUUUUUCAUACUUAAACUGUAUUUUACAUUUAAUUUAUUUUUAUAAUGCUUCAUCUCUGCUUUGAUUUACAUUCAGAUGAAAUGAUGAGACUUUUAUGGAAC